GGGAUGGAGGGGGUCCCGGGGGGUGAUGAUGCCGGGGGAUGUCGGCGCAGGUGUGGACGCGCGGUGCCGUUGCAGGUCGGUGAGCAUCGUGUCGCUGGGCACGGAGCGGGAGGCGGCGGCGGGCAGCGCGGGGCAGCCGGGGCUGGUGCGGAGCUACCUGCGGGGCAGCGGCCUGGUGGCCGAGCUCGGCAGCCCCGCGCCCAGCCGGCUCCGGGCGCGCAUCCUGGGCGGCGUGCCGCUGGAGGUCCACGAGUGUCCGCGAUGGGAUAUAUUUGACAGCGACUGGUACACCUCUCGCAGUCUUAUUGGAGGAGCUGAUAUUAUUGUGAUUAAAUACUCUGUCAACGACAAGACCUCGUUUCAAGAGAUAAAAGACAGUUAUGUCCCAAUGAUAAAAAAGGCAUUAAACCGCUGUUCAAUUCCAGUAAUAAUUUCUGCUAUUGGUGCAAGAAAAAACCUGCCCUGUACCUGCCCGCUCUGCACCUCGGACCAGGGGAGCUGUGUCACCACCUCCGAGGGCCUCCAGCUUGCUAAGGAGUUCGGAGCUACCUACCUUGAGCUGCACGCUCUCAACGACUUCUAUAUCCAGAAGUAUUUCGGGGGUGUGCUGGAAUAUUUUAUGAUCCAAAGUUUGAAUCAGAAGUCAUCUGAAAAAAUGAAGAAAAGAAAAAAGACCCAGAAGUGCCAUCGAGUGCAACCCCCUCAGCUUGAUCAGCCAGAAAAAUUGCCGAUCUUAAAAGGCGAGGCCUCGCAUUACGACUCCGACCUGCACAACUUGCUGUUCCGCUGCCAGUGCGCGGACGUGGCCUUUUACUCACAAGACUUCAGCAAGGUGGUGGAGGCUCACAAGGUCAUCCUCUGCUCCGUGAGCCAGGUCUUCAUGCUGCUCUUCAACGUGAAGAGCCCCGCGGACAUCCACGACUCCUCCGUCCUGCGGACAGCGCAGAACCUCUUUGCGGUGGACACCGGGGCCGGGCUCCCGGUUCCUCACGGCGCCGCAGAACCCAACGCCCUAGCCAGGGUGAUCGUCAAGGACUCUGUCUUCUGCUCCUGUCUGUUGGACAUCCUGCACUUCAUCUACUCAGGUGCUUGCCAGUGGGAAAGACUAGAAGAGGAUAUAAAAAAGAAGUUGAAGGAUUCUGAAGAAACUGAACACGUGCUUGAGAAAGUUAAAUGUAUCCUGAAAACUCCAGGGAAGCUAAACAAUUUGAGGGAUGGCAGCUCUCACCAGAUACAUCAGUUGUACAAUACUUCUCUCAGGCUGUUCUUUAACACGCCUGUCCUGGCGGAUGUCAUCUUCACAAUACAAGGUGCAACUGUACCAGCACACAGAGCAGUUCUGGUAGCUCGCUGUGAGGUAAUGGCAGCUAUGUUUAAUGGUAAUUAUCUAGAAGCAAAUAGUAUUCUGGUUCCAGUGUAUGGGGUUUCCAAAGACACUUUCCUCUCCUUUCUAGAAUAUCUCUAUACCGACUCCUGCUGUCCAGCCAGUAUUCUCCAAGCUAUGUCCCUCCUGAUCUGUGCAGAGAUGUACCAAGUAAUGAGACUCCAGCAUAUCUGUGAGCUGUACAUUAUCACACAGCUUCAGAGCAUGCCUAGUAGAGAACUGGCAACCACAAGUCUCAGUAUCGUUAGCUUGCUCAAAAAAGCUAAGUUUCACAAUUCUGACUGCCUUUCAACUUGGCUUCUUCAUUUUAUCGCCACUAACUACCUCAUCUUCAGUCAAAAGCCCGAAUUUCAAGAUCUUUCAGUGGAGGAGCGCAAUUUUGUCGAGAUGCACAGAUGGCCGUCCAACAUGUACCUGAAGCAACUUGCCGAAUACAGGAAUUACGUCCACUCUCAGAAGUGUCAUUGUGCAGUAAUGUAAGGAGACUGGACGUGCUCGCAGUGCAACUCGACUGGGAAAUCUCUGAGUGGGGAUUAUACGGAGCAUAAAAAGUCGUAUCAGCGGCAAAAAAUAAACACUGAUGUUCCCCAGAACAUUAUAUGCAAUACUGUAGUGCACUUACCAAUAUUAUUUGCUUUGAUAAUAAAUGAUUCUACUUUCUUCCUUAAAGCAGCAAGAACGGUAUCACGAAGAAUUAUUUCAAGCGUAAGGAUUUCAUGUUCACUGGAAUUAAACCAGGCCAUGUCAUGACUGACAUCUGUUCCCCCUUUUGAGUUCUUUAUUGUUUAUUUUAGUGGUUUUCAUGGUGAUUUUCAGCUGUAAAGUUGUUGAAAACAAACCUUUUUUUUUUUUCUAAAUCUGUACACAAUAAGAGUACGGUAGCAGAGUAAGGAAGCUGAGAAGCCAACUCCUAAGUCCUUUAAACAUCUCAGAACACAAAAAUUUACUGCAGCACUUAUUGGUUUGCAAAAUAAGGGGUAAGCUUACUUCA